GCUCGGAAGUGUAGCUUUUUUUUUUUCCCUCAGCUCGAUUUUUCUAUCAAAAAGUGAAGCGUUAUAGCAAGUCAAAACUGGUGGCUACGAGCUUCUGUUCCCAAAUGCAAACCUUGGCUACUUGAGAAAGAACAUGGUGCUGAUGCUCAUUGAAAUCAAGAGUUGGCUGCACAAGCCAAAGGUACGGAAAUUUGUUUGUUUUGUUUCAUCUAUUGUUGGGCUGAUCUGUUACGCUUGCAGCUCUUCUUUCAAUCGUUUAUUUGGAAAGUGGACCCAAUGGAAGAUAUCACUUUACAUUGCUUUUAGUUUCUUCAUAGUCUACCUUGUCCACCGAUUCGCCACCAAAAGUGUGCACUUCAGCUCUCCCCGGCUGAAAGCUCAUUCAGCCUUUUUGAUUUUGCUUAUAACUUCGGUAUACUCCUUUUUCGUUGAUGAAAAAGUGGGAGGGAAAUCAGAUGUAUAUAGCUUACUUUCUUCUGCUGCAUUUGCUAUCACGUCUUUGGGAUUGUCAACUGAUUUCCUGUAUUUUUUCACUGGACUUCUAAUAGUACAACUCAUGAAAAUCAAUUUUUGGUUGGUUAUUGUUGGAGGGGGUUUUAGUUAUUCCCUCAUAAUUCUUCGUGCUACUUUGGAUCCUCUAUUGCCUAUAUCAAAUAGACCUGAAGACCAAGUACCCCUCCUUCCAAGUGAUCUCCAUUCACCACCACAGGUACCCAGUGGUAGUGUUUCUCCACCAGAUUUUCCACAACAUACUGAUGCCACUCUAGCCACAACCCAAGUUGGUUCAAGUUCACCACAAGGCAAUAUUAUAAAUAGAGGUCUCAUCAGGACACAGUUCAUGGGUCACAUAGAGGAGCUUAAGAAGGAAAAUGGGAAGGUUAUCGACACAAUUUUCAAGCAUGUGGGUGAAUACCUUAAGGCUAAUGUUGUAAAUGAGGACCAGAUUCCGGUGCCGGAAAUGCAAGCGGACGACAACUUGGUGGCGGAUGCGUUGCCGCAGGGAAUCAUCACCAAAAUUGGUGAAACCGGGAGGAUGAUGUCACAGAAUGAGUGUUACAAUGUGUACAGCAGAUGCCGGAGCGAUUUUUUAAAAGAGUGUCUGUCAGUGUUUGGAUUGCAAGUUGAAGAGUUCAAGGCGGAGGAAAUUGACAAGAUGGAGAAGAUUGAGAGUUGGAUAAAGGCUUUGAACCUAACCGUGAGGAUACUGUUUCCCAAUGAAAGGAGACUCUGUGAUCUUGUCUUCUCUUCAUCUCAUGCUGCUGAUAUCUCUUUCAGCAAAGUUUGCAAGGAUUUGACUAUUGGCCUACUGAGCUUCGUGAAUUCCUUAGCCACUCAGAAUCAUCAUUCGCCCUACCACUUGUCCCAUGUCAUCCCCAAAGUGUUCAAAACUUUGAGUGGGCUGAUUCCAAAUUUCAAUUCACUGUUUUUUGGUCAGUUGCUGAGUGAAUCACUCAGAAAUGAUGCUGUCCUUGUUGGGAAGAGAUUAGGCAUUUUUGUUGAGUUGGAGAGUCUUAUUCAACGUGAGGUAGCGCAGGAGACUGUUCCUGAUGGUGGGAUUCAUCCAACUACCCACAAAGUGAUGGACUAUCUCAGAGAUGUUUUCACUGACAAUGAGAAUUUCUCAAUUAGAAAGGGUAUAUCUUCAUUUUCAGACCAGGUAGCCAGGAUAAUACAGGUGUUAGACAGCAAUUUGGAAGCUAAGUCCACAAACUACAAAGAUCAUGCAUUGGGCCAUGUUUUCAUGAUAAAUAAUCUCAUGCUUUUACAAUAUGGGGAACAUAUAUAUGGAGUCAUUUUUGGUGAAGAUUGGUACAGAUCAAAGAUCAACCAAAACAUUGAACUCUAUCAAAGAAGCUCAUGGAAUAAGAUCUUGGAAUGUUUAAUGCCAGACCGCUGUGAGUCGAUGGCUCCUAAUGUUGUAGAAGGGUCGAUGAAAGAGAAGCUCAAAUUGUUCAAUCAGCACUUCAACGAGAUAUGCAGAGCUCAGUCUGCAUGGUUUAUCUUCGAUGAGGAACUAAGGGAACAAAUGAUAAAAUCCAUAGAGAACACAUUGUUGCCGGCAUAUGGAAACUUUAUUGGAAAGUUGCAAGAUGUUAUUGGUAAGGAUGCUUAUGACUUUAUUGAGUAUGGACUGCAGAAUAUUCAAGAUCGACUGAGCCUUUUGUUUCUUGUAAGCAAUGCAUGAAGGCUGAGAGAAGGAAAGGAUACUGAAGUUUGCAAGGAUUUAGAAUACAAAAAUUUUGUUAUCACAAACGUAAUUAUGAAAGAUUUGAGAUCAUAUAUACUAUACAUCAUUG